UACACAGAAAAAUGUCAGUGUUGUUGGUUCUAUGGGUAACAGUCUGUAUGUGGCAAGUGAAAACCAUUCUAUGAGUCACUUAUGUGCACGUUCAAGAAAUGUGAUCAGUUUUGGAGUUUGAAAUACAAAAAUUGUACAUUGAGAAAGGUUAGAUGUUCAAAUGUCUCUCUAGAUCACGAAAAGACAAGAACCCAAGGAAAAUUUUGAUGCACCUUAUUCACUUAGCGCUAUCUUUAAUUUAUUAUAGGAAUGACAACAAGGCUGUGAGGGAUAGACUGUGCUGUUGUUUUGGAUUGUUAUGCUGACGAAACAUUGACAAAAACAUCUUUUCAAGAAAUUUCAGUUGACAAAAAAAACAUGAGUUGUGGAAAAUUAGAUCUAGGAGCUUUAUUCAGUGGACGCCAUUGAAGAGAGUGCCACACGACCUCGUUUUUAUCCACGUCAGAAAUCAAAUAUGGCGCUGCUGUGUGUGAAUAGGUGUACCUUUCAUAAACCUUGGAGAUUUACAAUCUAUAAAAUAAACAAAAACCAAACACAAAUUAAUGGGAAGACGGCCCCUUCAUUUUUAUCAUUUAGUUUAUCCAAAGUUACCGCAGAAGUGACAGCAGGCACGUGAGUAAUUGAUUCUCCCGAACACCAGAGGGCCAUAUUCUAACCCAUUCACAUAUCUAUCAGAAACGAAAAAGCUGUGAAGAAGUACAUCCACCACAGAGAGGCAAUUGGUAUUAGUUGGGGGAGGCUGGAAAGUUAGAAUAUUUAUAAUAUUGUGUAUCUCACAAGCGCAGUGUCGGACAUUUGACAUCCCUUACUUUAAACAAUGGCGCAACCAAGUCAACAAUGUGAGUGUAAUGUUGUAAACCAGCAUUGUGUGUGCACGCCAAACUUUCUCACGUUUCGGGAAAUCUUCUGUAAUGCAGUACGAAGUUAAUUCCCAAGUCAGUUUACAUUGAACUCUUAUUUAAACACGUUAUAAUUGCUGCAGCUUUAGAGUAAAUUAAAAAAAGGAAUCCUAACAGUUGAUAUAGGCUGACGUUUUAUUGUCAGUGUUAAUGUUUUGGUUUGGACUGGAGUGGUUUGUUUUGCAUGUGCGUGUAUAAUCAUGUUACAGGAGCAUCAAACCUUCAGGCUGUUUUGUUUUCACGGCUGUUCUCUUUCAGGGUCUCACAAGGACACAGAGACACUGAUCAGGUGGCGGAUGGACCAUGAAUUUUUAUUCUCUGGUUGGAGGAACACAUGCAGAAAUGGCUGGCAGCAGUUUAUACAUGACACGAUAUUAGACCUGGAUGGACCUAUAACUGCACUCAGAGCAAAAAAGAAGUGGGAAAAUUUAAAAUGUAAAUACAAGGUUUUACAAGCUCUUGCGAAGGAUGUUGCAACGGUAAAACCUGAAUCCUGGCGAUGGUACAGACUCAUGAAAAAAGCUGUAGAUGGGGAUCACACUGACAUUGCUUCUCCCAAACCAACCUUAAUGUCCGACCUAGCAGAUGAUGAGUCUGAAUGUGUAGCUCAGCCCAACAAGAACCUGUAUCAGGUCGAAGUGGGAAGUGAUAUUCUUGAAUUACUGACACAUUCAGUAAUCGAGGUCAGCACUCAAGCAACAGUGGCGGAUGUAGGAACCUCGUCAGAUACGUCUGAACGUAUGAGUGGGAGGCCGAUGGAAAGGAGCCCCUCGGAGAAUCAAGAUGAGCUUGACAUUAAAAGAGCAAAGAUUAGAAGAGAGCGAAAGCUUCUGGAGAAAGAGCAUGUAGAACUGGACAGAGAGAGAGUGCUUCUAGAACAAGAGAGAGCCAUUGCUGAGAGGGAGAAAACAGCAUUGGAGAGAGACAGAAAGCAGCUGGAAAAGGACCGAGCAGCAAUUGACAGAGAACGAGCAUCACUGGAACAGGACAGAGCAAGACUGGAGCGGGACAGAGCAGCACUGGAAAGAGACCGAGAGACUUUCACUGCCAUGACUUUGGGGACAAAUGGCAUAGGACACGUUGAAGCAGACUCUCCUUAUGUAGAGGACAGGAAAAGAUUAAUAUUUUUAUUUGAAAAAUUAAUUGAGAGAUUUUGAGAUUAUUCAUGUACACAGAAAAAUGUCAGUGUUGUUGGUUCUAAGGGUACUUUAGCAUUAAGUAUUUAAUAAGUAUUUAAUUUAAAGCAUUUCAAAGUUAAGUUCUCGUUUAUUUAAAGGGGUAGUUUACCAAAAAGAGAAUUCUGUCAUCAUUUACUAACCUACAUGUACUUUCUUCUGUAGGUCACAAAAGGAGAUGCUAGACAGAAUGGGACUUACAGUCCUCAUUCAUUGUAUAAUAAAAGAACAUUCAUUAUUGUGUUCCUCGGAAGAAAAAAAGUCAACCAGGUUUGGAAUGACAUUUGGGUAUUUAAAUGACUGAAUUUUAAUUUUUGGGUGAACUAUCCCUGGUAGACAUGGUUUUGUUUGGAGAAAAUGUUCACAGUUGUAUGUAGGGCAUCAGAAGUGUAUAGUUCAUUGUAGUUAAUUGAGAACAAAACACAAUUGAUAAUCAACAAUGUUAAGUUUAUUCCCACCAUUUUCAGGCUCAUGAGUGCAUUGAGAUUAAAGUUAAGUUUCGGACUUUCAAAUCGAUCACAUUAAUUGAGUUCUUACAAAAUCAGUAAAAUAUACUUUCUUUGAUGAUUCCCAUCCUCAAUUAUGAGUGGGUGUUUCUUUUUAUGGAGGACAAAGGUUUAUCUUAAAUACAAAUCCUCAUUUUGCAUUAUAGGCCUCAAAGAGCUUAAGUGACUAAAAUAUUUCAUUUUGAUCACAUUAAUGAUAAUCACAUCUAAUAAAAAAUAAAAAAAAAUUUAUAUACUAAAUAUUGAAGGAUUUAUUCAUUGUUUAUUUACAUUGUGUCAGCCAUUAACUUUUUGUCCACAUUCUGCACAGAUGAUUUCAUAUAUCAGAACCCUUUAAUAAUUUGCAAAAUCAAACAAAAACAUUCACUUAUGCAGUCCCACAAACCCAGAGACAGUCCUGAAUGAACUUUAUUGUAACUUAAUGCAAAUGAUUUACUGAAACAGUAUGCCAAAUGCAAAAAUCUGUCCUUUUUUAAGAUUUUGCAAGUCAGCUUUUGUCAGCAACUACUUCCUCGUCCUUCAUGUCCCCUCAAAAUUAUUAAUGCUUAAAUAUAUACAGUGGCCCUAAAAACUUAAGCUACACUUAAAAAUAAUUGAAUGUCAUUGUAUUGAUUAGAUAACAAAUUACCAACACAAGUGGCAUUAAUUUUAAAGCAAGAUAGCACAAGGAGACUUUUUAAAGGGAUAGUUCACCCAAAAAUGAAAAUUCUCUCAUUUACUCACCCUCA